CUAAUUGUCCAUGUCAAUUUUAUUUGCAAAUCGCACUAAUGUUUUGUUUAGUGUAAUUUAGCUAAGUUUUAUCGCGAUUGUUUCGCUCUAAAACAUGGAGAAGUAUGAUACUUCCCAGCUCACAGAGUUUCCUCGUUUCGAGUCAGAGUCGAAUCAAAGUGGCGUGACAACGUUUUUAAAUAAAUUGUGGAAAUUCCCGAUAUUUACACCAAGUGAGACUGCAGAUAGUCAAGAUAAUAAAACUCCCAGUGACGAUAGACAUGGUGAACCAGUCAAAGUCAACGACGAUAAGGAAUAUGAAGAUAUUAAAACGGAAACCGCGAAUGACGUUGUUGAAUACGAAGGCAGGAGUUUACCAAAUAUUUUGAAAAGGAUAAGUGGCCUUGCUGCUCUAGGAUCAGGGGGUGGCACCAAAUAUGAAGACACAGAAUUAGCUCGCUACUGGAUGCCGGAUGAUAUAUCGCGCGAAUGCUACGAAUGUGCAGCGCGAUUUAGUGCCUUGAGAAGAAGACACCAUUGCCGAGUGUGUGGACAGAUAUUCUGUUCUCGCUGUUGCAGUCAAAGAGUGCCAGGUCAAAUUUUUGGUUGUGCUGGAGGCUUAAGAGUAUGUACAUACUGCUGCAAGGUGGUGAUUACAUAUUUGCGAGAAAAUGACUUGACUGGAGAUAUUUCACCAGAUCUUCGUACUUUACAAGAGAGUUUACAGGUUAAAUUCCCAGACAGCAAGGCCCAACACAAGAACCGUGACUUCAUUUUCGCUCGAGAACAGGAACCCUGUGAAGUGCGGAGCUCCACCAGGGAAUCUGUACAUGAUGUGUUCAGGCAACUGUACUAUGCAGUGCCGACACAACAGCACAGAUUUCGUCUCGUGCGAUACAAUAACGUUUGGCGAGGCUGUGACGUCAUGCAAUGGGUGAUGGACAAUACUUCACACAAAACCAGAGCUCAAGCGACUGUUUUAUGCCAGAGCCUUCUAAACAAUGGUUACAUGGAGCGCAUGACGGAACCCGCGCAGUUCGCUGACUACGGUCUCUAUCGACCCAUACAACUCGAACGAGAAAGCGAAUCCAAUGAUCCGCCACCGGUCGAAGCAGAAGACUGCAGUAGCAGGCUCGUCGAAAGCGUCUCCUCGUACUGUCUCGAUCUGAAUCUCGGGAACAGUUCAGCGAGACUGAUUAAGGCUACGAAGACAGAACAAAAAUCAACGUCGUCCAGUGAUGACGAACAACCCAUAUUGGAUCAUACUGAAGAGGGCGCGAGGCCGGUGUGCCGCGCCAUCGCGGAGUCCGGCGAGGAGCACCUGCGGCUGCUGAUGCGGCAGUGCCUGGCGCGCCACGCGCUGCCGGCCGCGUGGCUGGGCGCGCUGUACCCGCUGUGCGUGCACGCCGCCGACCUCACCGCGCCCGAUAUGAUGAGCAAUGACAUCGAUAUACGAAACUACGUGCAAGUCAAGAAAGUGCCCGGCGGGAACAUGACGGACAGCUGCGUCAUACCUGGCGUCGUCAUGACCAAGAAUGUCGCCCAUAGGGGGAUGCCCAAGCAGAUAUCGAAUCCGACGGUGCUGCUUCUAGAUUGCUCAAUAGCGUACCAGAGAGUGGAAGGGAAGCUCACCUCCCUGGAACCGCUUCUAAUGCAGGAGCACGAGUACCUGUCGCGCUGCGCGGCGCGCGUGGCGGCGCUGCGGCCGGCCGUGGUGCUGGUGCGCGGCGGCGCGGCGCGCGCGGUGCAGGACGCGCUGCGGGCGCGCGGCGUGGCGCUGGCCACGGCCGUGCGCGAGCGCGCGCUGGCCCGCGCCGCGCGCUGCGCCCGCGCCGACCGCGUCGCCUCCAUCGACGCGCGCAUCGGCGCGCCGCGCCUCGGCUCGUGCCGCAGCUUCUACGUGCGCAGCUUUUCCAGCAAAACGCUCAUGGUCCUCGAGGGCUGUGCGGAGCCGCAGCUGGGAUGUUGCAUCCUGCUCAGAGGCGGAUCCUUGCAGGAGUUGAUUCGCGUGAAGAGAAUCGUUAAAUUCAUGUUGCUCGCUUGUUACAAUUGGAAAUUGGAAAAGGCAUUUUGGGGGGACAUAGAGGCCGUGUUGCCGGAGCCGGGAACUUUUAUAGAUGACGAUAUGACAAACGAGCUCACGGAUGAUGUAGACGAAACUUUAAAAAAAGAUAUGAACGCUAAAGACGAUAAUGACGAAAACAAAUCCAGUAACGACACUUCGGAAACGGACGAUAAUAUCUUCGCAAAUACUCAGCCUGAAUCUCUAAGUGAUGUGAGAACAAAUGAAAAUACGAUUGAAUCGAAUAACGAAAUCGAAUCUCAUGAAAAGUCUGAUACUUCAGAAUCAAGUGACGAUAGCAAAGAACAUGAUGCAGAAAUGAAUAAAUCGUCAGAAAUAGAUGAUCCAUUGCAAAAAUCUAAACAGUACUCUCGAAAAACGGAUAGUGAUAAGAAUCUAAGCUGCGGCGUUCCUAUCAAAGAUUUUAGCGAUCCCCUCCAAUCUCGAAUGUCUGUUGAUGAUGACGUUUUCCUGCCGAAGGAAGAAGCUAAGUUGAAAGCGGAUACGCACAGCGAGAGGUGGUGCACGGACGACGUGGUGCUGUCGAUGUCGCCCAACAUCGCGAUCCCCGCGCCCACGCUGCGCCUGCUGCCCGCGCGCGCGCCGCCCGCCGCGCCGCCGCGCCCCCCCGCGCCCGCGCCGCCGCCCCACCCGCGCGCGCCCACGGAAAACCAUCCAUUCAUCGAUCGACCGAUAACAGCGCCCGCUGACGACCCCGCUAUGAGAGCAUCUCUUGCACACUUCCGUGCCACGGGCUGUCGGUUGGCGGCCGAUGAACAUAAACCGGAAUGCCCCAGUUACAAUCCGUCAGUGGUGAAGAAGAUAGAAACCGAAGAGUCCAGCAAGCCCGCCGAGCCAGAGCCGCUGGAUCCACUGUCUCCUGAGAACCACCAGCGCCUCAGCUUGCUGCUUUACAGCUACAGUAGCAAGUCGCCUAACGUGCCCGACUUCUGUGUUAAUCCCUGGAUUGUAACGAUGGAAAUGUACGGUCGAAAUGAUAUAUCGCUGGGCGCUUUCUUGGAGAAGUACUGCUUCAACGGUGACCACAAGUGUUCAUCGGCUAAUUGCCACAUACCAAUGAACCAGCAUGUUAGAAAAUUUGUGCACGAGGACGUUUGUAUCACGAUAACUUGUAACACCAUCGGACACAGCAACGUCGAUAAGGUCAAGGAGGAACAGAGUAAGCAGGUGAUGUUCUGGUCGCGCUGCGAGCGCUGCGGCGCGGUGUCGCGCGGCUCGCGGCUGUCGCGCGCGGCGCUGGGCGUGUCGCUGGCGCAGUACGUGCGCGCGCGCCUGGCCGCGCCGCGGUACGCGCGCCGCCACUGCGCGCACCCGCUGCACGCGCACGCGCACGCCUUCGUCAGCCGCCUCACCACCGCCUGCUUCCGAUACAACAAGAUCUCGACGUACGAGGUGCAGCUGCCGCCGGAAGUGAUCGCCAUCAACUACGAUACGAGACAGAUGCGAGAAGCGCUCAUCGCUCAACUCAACGAUCUCAUGCUCAGAGGCCACGAGACGUUCAGCAACGCGACGGAUCCCGAGAGCGAGAAGGCGUACUCGUCGUUCAAAAUGCACAUGGAGCAAGUACACCUCGCACUCACCACGCACGAACACACCUCGCUGGCUGAGCGCGUCCGCAAGCUGUGGGCCGUGCGCGACCGCGUGCUGUCGGCCGACAAGAUGCUGCGCGACGCGCACCGCCCGCGCGCCGAGCCGGGUGAGCACUCGCCGCGCCCGCUGAUUGAGGAGAAACCGGAUAUAGAAGAAACGACAGAAACUUCUAGCAACGAUGUUGCAGAAAAUCUAUUAAAAGAUUCGGAAAAGGAACAUACGGGUACCGAAGAUGAUGAAGAACGUGGUGACAAAAAGACCGUCAAACAGAUAUUGUCACAGCUUCUCUCCAAUAAUCAUCCGUCAAAUCAGGAGGGCAUCAUAGUGUCGAGCGGGCUGGUGGUGGUGUCGGUGCGCGCGGGCGACGUGGGCUCCGUCAUCGCCGCCGCGCUCGCCUCGCCCACCUACCAGCGCUCGCUGCAGCACAGAAAUCAAAGCGAUUUCGACGAUGGUGAAAAUUCAACUGGUAAAGAGAAAAGCGAAGCUGACAAAACAAAAGUGAAAGCCAACGAACACAUUGAAGUCCUAUUGAAGGACGGUCUUCUUUGUCGAGUGUACUACGCGUCCCAAUUCCAUAAGUUGAGGCACAUGUUGCUGGCGCCUCUCGAUUAUAACGAGGAGAACAAGCAGUACUGGGAGGAGGGGAAGUGCUGUGAGGACCUCAAAGAUAAGGACAAUAAAGGAUUGUGUGAAAUCGAAGAAGGGUUCAUAAGGUCGCUCGCGCACUGCGUGCCGUGGGCCGCAAGGGGCGGUAAAUCGGGGUCUACGUUUAACAAAACUAAAGAUGACCGAUAUGUAUUGAAGGAGAUGACCAAACCGGAGUGGCAGCAGUUCCUCGAAUUUGCUCCGCACUACUUCAACUAUGUUACCAAUUGUCGCCAGAAAAAACUGCCAAGUUUACUAGCGCGCAUCCUGGGCGUGUUCAGCGUGGGCGGCGCCGGCAGCGGCGUGCUGGUCACGGAGCACGUGUGGUACGGCCACCCCGUGUCGCAGCGCUUCGACCUCAAGGGCGCCGCCCGCCCGCGCAUGCCCGUCGCGCACCAGCCCGCCGCCACCGCCGUGCUGCUGGACGACCACCUGCUGCGCAGUGAGUACCGACACGCACACACACGCGCACACGCGAGUGGCAGGAGCUCAGGCCGCCGUGCCCGCAGUGCGCUGGGAGCGGCAGCUGUUCGUGGGCGGCGGCGGCGCGCGCGCGCUGUGGGCGGGCGUGGAGCGCGACACGCGCUUCCUGGCCGACCACGGCGUCAUGGACUACUCGCUGCUGCUCGGCCUGCACGAGCGCACGCUGGUGCUGGGCGUCAUCGACUACAUCCGGACGUUCACGUGGGACAAGAAGCUGGAGCACCUCGUGAAGAAGAACCUGGGCUCCGGUCAGCCCACCGUGGUGUCGCCGGAGCAGUACCGGCGCCGGUUCUGCACGGCGUGUCGCAAGUACUUCCUGCACUGUCCGGCGCACUGGGAGCCGCUCUAUGCGCCCGACCGCGUCUAGGAGACGGCAGUCGCUUCCGUCAACUUACACUUGAAUUACACCGAAAAUGUUUGGUUGAUUCAACCAAACAUUUUCCACACAACGUGCAUUUUUUAUAAUAUAAUUCAAAGUCGUAGUGCAUUAUUUAGUUACUAAAGUGGUCACACUCGUUUUGUCAUAAUGUGACGUGAUCAAGACGCGCGUGACAGGUUAGGUUUUGACGUUCACCACGGUGACGUAACAAUACAGUGGACCCAACUAUAAAAAAAAAUUCAUUUUCAAAAUAAGAUUACGAGUAAAAAUAUUUAUUAUUAUUUAUUAAAUAUUUACGGUCUUAUAAAGUUGUUAAGCGGGUGAUUAGUUUAACAAUGCUGUCUUCGUCUAUCGCAUGACAAAUCAAUAAGGAUUGAAAGAGUUUAUAAGUAAGGCCGUUAGUUAUUAUUUAAAAGUAAUACUCUUAAAAAUGCAAAACUUAGAUUCUAAUAUCGUAGAGUUCCUUAAUAAAUAACCAAGAAGGUAAACAUCAAAAUAAUAACUUCAUUGUAAACAUUAAAAUGAUAAAUAUACAUAAAAGCAACCUAGAUCAACGAUUUUAGCGAGCCGAGGCAACAAUUUUAUAUCGGCCCGUUAUAAUCCAUCCAAUUUUAGAAUAAUGAUAUUAAAACCUCGAAACGAAUGUACUGCAAUGGGAGUGUGGUAGAAAUUAGAAUUAGAAGAAAUUUUUGACUUGUCGUUACAUGAUUGAGUAAAAGAUUUUUUUCUAAACAUGAAUUUGGCGCCUAUUUAAAUUAACACUGAGUCAGAUACAAGUAAAGUACUUUAGCUCCCUCUAAUCUACCAAGAUAGACAAAGCCAACAAAUGAAAAAAAAAAUCAUGCUAUUAUAUUUAUAUAGUAAAUAGUGUAUAAUUGCAUAAGUAACUCAAAAUAAAUAAGAACUGGUUUCCAAUAUUUACAUGUGUUUACCAUUUCAAUUCAUACUUAUACAGUUAUAAUCCGCGCACAAUCUCCUAAUCGCUUUUCGACUUUUUUUGCUGGCGGUAGCGUCAACAAACUCGCGUCGAUAUUUGCAACACGAUAAGAUAAGUUGUUACUUGUUUGGAUUUUUGUUAGUGAUUUGCUUUAUUAUUUAAUAAAUUUACGAUUGUAUGAUUAUUUUAGCUAUAAGAUUAACAAGAGUAAAAAAAAAAGAGAUGAAAUUUUGAUAAGUCAAUCACGCGAAAUCAUUGUUGCUAUUGAUCAUACAUACAUACAUACAUACAACCACUAACGUGCAUACCUACAUGGACAUAAUUAAUUAAAAACAAAUUUCAAAUUUUUGGAUUAAUUAUAGUUCGAUUUUUUUUGCUAACGCUGCUUCGCUCGUAUACUGUCAUUUACUUUCACAAAGUUUCAUCCCAUUUUGAUAGUGCGCGGAUUAUACAAUAAGACAUUUAAUAAAAUAAUUUAUUGUUUAUAAUAAUUUUACUCAAAUUUAUAUUUUUCAAUUGCAUGUUGCAAGCUUUUUUACUACUUAUUGAAUUAAGUAAUAAAAAUUAUACAUUCCAUCUGAAUAUUUCGCUAUGAGUAACUUAAUAAGAAUUUAUAAAGUAUUAAUU